CCCGGGGACGGAGCGGCAGGUGGGCGCCGGGCGCGGCCGCAGGAUGUCCCGGCUGGCGGCCGGGCUGUGCUGCUGGGCGCUGCUGUGCUGCCAGGCGGCCGCGCCGCCGCCCCAGUGCCGCGAGACAGAUUACCACUUUGAAUACACCGAGUGUGAUAGCAGUGGAUCCAGAUGGAGGGUGGCUGUCCCCAACCCAGCAGUGGAGUGCUCCGGAUUACCAGACCCUGUGAAAGGGAAAGAAUGCACUUUUUCAUGUGCUUCUGGAGAAUACCUGGAAAUGAAGAACCAGGUGUGCAGUAAAUGUGCCGAGGGGACCUAUUCCUUGGGGAGUGGGAUCAAAUUUGAUGAAUGGGAUGAACUGCCAGCAGGAUUCUCCAAUGUGGCAACUUUCAUGGAUACUGCUAUCGGUGCAGCUGAGAAUAAAGCAGACAGCUGUGACAACUCCUCGUGGACGCCUCGUGGGAAUUACAUCGAGUCUAAUAGGGAUGACUGCACGGUUUCUCUGAUCUACGCAGUUCAUUUGAAGAAGUCUGGCUCUGUCUUCUUUGAAUACCAGUAUAUUGACAACAACAUCUUCUUUGAGUUUUUUAUUCAAAACGACCAGUGCAAGGAGAUGGAUUCCACAGCAGACAAGUGGGUGAAGCUAACAGAUAAUGGUGAAUGGGGCUCUCAUUCUGUAACUUUGAAAUCAGGCACAAAUAUAUUAUACUGGAGGACAACGGGGAUUCUCAUGGGGUCAAAAGUGGUGAAACCUGUCCUAGUGAAAAACAUCACAAUUGAAGGAGUUGCGUAUACAUCUGAAUGCUUUCCAUGCAAACCUGGUACAUUCAGUGAUAAACCAGGGUCUUCCAACUGCCAAGUGUGCCCAAGAAAUACCUAUUCAGAGAAAGGAGCUAAGGAAUGUACCAAAUGUAAAGAAGCAACACAUUAUGCAGAUGAGGGAUCUAGUCAGUGCAUGGAGCGUCCUCCUUGUACGAACAAAGACUUCUUCCAGAUCCAUACGCCUUGUGAUAAGGAAGGGAAGACUCAGAUCAUGUAUAAAUGGAUAGAGCCUAAAAUCUGUAGGGAAGAUCUUCGGGAUGCAAUGGAGCUGCCCCCUUCUGGAGAGAGGAAGGACUGUCCUCCCUGCAACCCUGGGUUUUACAAUAAUGGAUCAUCUUCCUGCACACCUUGCCCUCAGGGCAUGUUUUCGGAUGGGACACAGGAAUGCCAGGCCUGCCCAGCUGGGACUGAACCAGCUCUUGGGUUUGAAUAUAAAUGGUGGAACAUACUGCCAGCCAAUAUGAAGACUUCUUGUUUUAAUGUUGGAAAUUCGAAGUGCGAUGGAAUGAAUGGUUGGGAGGUGGCUGGUGACCAUAUUCAGAGCGGGGCAGGGGGCUCUGACAAUGAUUUUCUUAUCCUGAAUCUGCACAUCCCAGGAUUUAAACCUCCAACAUCAGUGACUGGAGCAACUGGGUCGGAACUAGGACGGAUUACAUUUAUUUUUGAGACCAUCUGUUCAGCAGAUUGUGUGCUGUACUUUAUGGUGGAUGUUAAUAGAAAAAACACUAAUGUGGUGGAAUCCUGGGAAAGAAGUAAAGAGAAACAGUCCUACACUCACAUUAUCUCCAAAAAUGCUUCUUUCACAUUCACAUGGGCCUUCCAGAGAAUAAACGAAGGCCAGGAUAGCAGGCAAUUCAUCAAUGACGUGGCGAAGAUCUACUCAAUCGUGGUGACCAACGCUGUGGAUGGAGUGGCUUCAUCUUGUCGGGCCUGCGCGCUGGGUUCGGAGCAGUUCGGUUCAUCCUGCGUGCCAUGCCCAGCUGGACAUUACAUUGAGAAGGAAACCAACCAGUGCAAGGAAUGCCCAGCCAACACCUGUCUAUCCGUACAUCAGGUGUAUGGCAAAGAGGCUUGUGUCUCUUGUGGGCCUGGCAGUAAAAGUACCAAGGACCACUCCACGUGCUUCAGUGACUGCUUGGUGUCGUAUUUCAAGGAUAACCAGAGCCUGAAUUAUGAUUUCAGUAACCUCAGUGGGGUGGGCUCGUUAAUGAGUGGACCCAGCUUCACGUCUAGAGGAACCAAGUUCUUUCAUUUCUUUAACAUCAGCCUAUGUGGGAAUGAGGGGAAGAAGAUGGCCAUUUGCACUGACAACAUAACGGAUGUCACUCUAAAGGAUAUGGUGGCUGAAUCAGAAGAUGAUUCAAACUUCAUGGGAGCUUUUGUGUGCCAGUCUACCAUCAUCCCAUCUGACAGCAAGGGGUUCAGGACAGCCCUGGCUCUGCAGUCCAACAGUCUUGCUGAUGCAUUUUUAGGAGCUACAGUGGAAACCACAUUGGAAAAUAUUAGCAUGAAAACAGAAAUGUUUCCACCUUCUCCAAGGAAAAUACCUGAUGUGCAUUUCUUUUACAAGUCUUCCACAGUUACAACGUCCUGUGAAAAUGGACGUGCAACCAUUGUGACAAUGAGAUGUGACCCCUCCAAACCCAAUCAGGGAGAUAUUUCAGUUCCCAGCUCAUGCCCUGCCGGCACCUGUGAUGGAUGCACAUUCUACUUCAUGUGGGAAAGUGCUGAAGCCUGCCCUUUGUGCAUGGAGCAUGACUACCAUGAGAUUGAGGGAGCUUGCAAAAAAGGAUUUCAGGAGAUCCUGUAUGUAUGGAAUGAGCCAAAGCAGUGCAUCAAAGGGGUUUCCUUGCCAGAGAAAAGGAUCAGUACCUGCGAAACAGUGGACUUCUGGUUAAAAGUUGGAGCAGGUGUUGGGGCGUUCACAGCUGUCCUACUCAUAGCCUUGACCUGCUACUUCUGGAAGAAGAAUCAGAAGCUGGAGUAUAAAUAUUCCAAAUUAGUGAUGACAGCAAACUCAAAAGAAUGUGAGCUCCCAGCUGCUGACAGCUGUGCUAUCAUGGAAGGGGAAGAUAACGAAGAGGAAAUAGUAUAUUCAAAUAAACAGUCACUUCUGGGAAAGCUCAAAUCAUUGGCAACAAAGGAGAAAGAAGAUCACUUUGAAUCUGUUCAGCUGAAAUCUUCAAGAUCCCAAAAUAUAUGACGAUUUAUUGCUGCCUUCAAAGAAACAAACCUGAUUUCUAUUUUUACAGGACCACAUUUUAAACACAUUCUGGCAUACAUCUUAGUGGUGAUCUCUCUAACAAAAGUUGAGCUUGAGAGAGAAGUUGAAGAUCAAAACAAAAGAGUGGGUUGCCUUAUCACGUGAUCGAGUACCUUGCCAAAAAGGAAAGCAGACACUUGGAUUCCAUACUGAAAAUGAAAUUUAACUCAGGAAGAGAGAGACAUUCUGCCAACGACAUGAGAUAUUCACCUGGGCAUUGCUCAGGCAUGUAAUGUGAUUUAUAGGUACCUAUCACUUUUUCUCACUCCUUCCACACACAUCAUAAGAAAUUAUUCUUCUGAGAGACUGGAAAUCUUCUACAAAGGUUCUGCACUGUUCCUUUUGUAGCAUUUCAAGUCUUUCUUAAAAUGGUCAGCGGUACUUGAAGGGGAAGAAACAAAGAUGAGUUUUGAUUCUUGGAGAGGAUAAUACUUUAGAAGGUCAGGGCCUUGUUACUCCUUACACUGUGAGCCGCACAAAUGUUGAUUGGUGUUAGUGCUAGCUUGGAAUUUGGAGCAGUCACAUGCUUAGUCUGGGGUGACACAACUUUGAGCUGCCUAAUGAGUGUUUAAAACCGCUUUAAGAUGUUAAAGUGCGGACAAUCCAGGGGUUAAGAGCUCCACGAGCUGCCCAAAAUUACCAUGUAACAAGGCUCUAAGUGUUUUGCAACAGCCUCUAAUGUAGCAGGCACAAUUUUACAUUUACAGGUUGAACCAUUUUGAUGCCAAUGUAAUAACAAUCUUGGCGGGAUUAAAUUUCAGAAGCCCUGGGAGCGUCUACAUGAGCUGUUACACUGCUGUAGUGAUGAGCUAUGGCAAUAUAGUUCAUCUCUAUGGCGACGUAGCAUCGGCAGGCACAAAGUGUGACACUGAUGCUACUGCGCAUUACAAGCAGGGUCAGAAAUGACCCAUGUGGUGCUGAGACUACGAAGUAACAGCAGUUACUGUGCAGUCAUUUAGUACUUGCUAAAGUACUCACUGCAAGUAUUAGAUAACUGUGCAAUAUCAACUGUGUAGUCAGGGGCACAUGUAGACUUGCCCCCUGGACCUCGAUGUGUGAGCUGCUGCUGUGUGCCCAGAUCCACUGGGUUAGAGGCAAUAGUUGAUUCAUAGCUUCUUUACAUGUUGUCAGCACUGAAGGGUAACCAAGACCCACAACAUGAAUGACACUUUUCUCUACCCAGGGCACCUACUCCAGAGCAUUCUCUCAGGAUGCUGAUUCAACAGCAGCUCAGUAUCCCAUAUGGACCACCAAUUGUGUCCCACCCUUCUAGGGUUCAUGUAAACUGAAGGAACUGAACCUUAGCUGUAAAAGCACAAACCUUUAAUAGAUGACCCAAAGGACCACACUUCUUCCUAUAUUACUGUCACAAAUCUGAGCACUAGAAGAGGAUAGUGAUCCUCAGUGGGUGCAUUUACACGUGCGCUUUAAUGUGCAGUAGCCUAUUUUACUGUGCAUUAGAGCUCCGUGUAAAAAAAGUACUGUUAUGCUAAUGUUUGGUAAAAUAGGCUAUUGCACAGUAAGCAUCACUUAAAAAGUGUGUGCUUGAACUACUGUGCAUCAGGGCAGCCUAAUACACAUUGAUUUAGUACCUCACAUUGGAAGCACUAAAUUUAGUGAGCAUUAGGAAAAGUGCAUUAAUGCACGUGUAGACACGCCCAGUGGUAUUAAUGUGGGUUAACAUUUUAAAUUGGUUCCUCUUUCAAUGGGAGCAACUGUUUGCUUUUAAAUGAGGGCAUAAGAUGGUGCCUAGGAAAUUGAAAGCUAAGUGGAGAUCCUUUAAAAAUCAGGCCUAGAAAAUCACUGAAUAAUCCACCCCAUCAAAAGCAUGUGAUUGCAUAAUAUCCAAUCUAUCAAAAACUAAUUUCCUGAAAUUCCUGUCUGAGUUGAACUCAUGAUUAAUUAAAACUUGGGUCUAAAAAUCUUUAAAUCUAAAAAUCUGAAAAUCAUGCAGGCAAAAGUUGUGUAUUGCUAGGAGGAGAUAAGGAACCAAUCUUGACUGUCCCUCUAGGCAUACACAUGUUUGCAUUACAAUAAACUAUAUGAAUUGACAUGCAUAUGAAACAUUGGAAAAGACACAUAGGCAGAAAUGGUGGUUUUAUUAUAAAGAAUAUAGAUCUGUUAUUUUAUAUGACUGCGCUGCAUCAACCCCUAUGGCAACAGCCCACUUUUAAAUUAAAUUAAAACAGAUUGUUCUGCAUUCUGAAUAUUUUAUUAUACUCUAAGAUGUUGAAGAAAAUUUUAUGAAGAUUAGAGGUUUUUCUUUCUUGUUCAGGGAAAUUUUACUUAAUUAUUUUAUAUAUCCAAUUGCAGAAACUGGGGUUUGUUCUUUUGAUGGGAAAUACUUUGGACACCUUAACAGGUGUUGAAUAUACUUUUUGUUCAUGAAACUGCACUUCAUUUGCUAGAAAAGGAUUUUUAUGAGGUGUCGCACCAUAUUGGAAUAUUGUUGAAUGUAAAUUAAAUGCAUUCCUUUUUGUAUAUUUUGUACCGUUAUGCAUUUAUUAUUGUACAUUGUAUUUGUUGUCAUUAUAUCAUUGACACACAUCAUCAGUGACAUGUUUACUUAGUAAAUGGCAAUGGCUUUGGGAUUUCAGUUCUUUGCUGGUCUUUUAUGAAGAUAUUUCUAAAAUGUUUUUUGUUCAAUUAGUGUGCUGUAGCAUCAAAGAUUUUUAUGUGAUCGGCAUUCAUAAAGUAAAAAUAAUAUGUGAAA